AUGUUCGUCUCCAGUUCUGCUGCUCCCGCCAUUCUGGCUCUUGCCGGAGCCGCCUUGGCACUGCCCUCCACAGUACCGAAACGACUCUUUGAGUCUGUCGAUGCUGCUCCACCAGCAUGGGCCAAAAAUGAGGCUGCGACUAAGGAUGAGGCGAUCGAGUUGAGAAUCCAGCUGGCUCAUCAGAACAUGCCACAGUUCCACCAGAUGGCCUUGGAUAUUGCUACGCCUGGCCAUGAGAAAUACGGGAAGCACAUGUCCCUUGAGGAGAUAGAUGCAGUCAUUGCUCCCAAGGAAGAAUCGAAACAGGUGGUCUUCGAGUGGCUUGGGAAUCAUAGUCUUGCAGAUUCCGCUGUCCUCACUCCUCGCGGUAACAUCGUUGUGGUAAGCACGACUGUCGGCGAGGCUGAGAAGCUUCUAGGCACCGAGUACCACAGCUACACGAACGCGGAGACUGGCGAAAAGGCUAGCAGAGCUCUUAGUGUCAGCAUACCUGAAGCCGUCUUUGGACACAUUGAGACAGUGCAGCCUACUACUUUCUUUGGAUUCCGCGAAAUUAAGCCAACCUUCACCCCGCAUGAUCCCGUUCUGAAUGAUACCAAUGCCCCUCAGGCCUCAUACACGACGCCGACCGUGCUCUCAACGUUGUACAACUUCAAAUCAAUAUCCACCCUGACCAAGGGGAAGAUGGGUAUUGCUGGUUUCAUUAAACAGUGGCCUAGCAAAAGUGAUCUAUCAACAUUCUUGAAAACCUACGCCAUCUCCGGCUUCGGAAACUCGGGGCAGACAUAUACUUGUACCACAGUGAACAGCGGACAAUGCCCUGCUAGUCCGGCGUCCGCAGGUACUGAGGCGAACCUGGAUGUGCAAUACGCCCGUGCCAUCACAAGUGAUAUUCCAAACGAGUUUUACUCGGUUGGUGGGAACAACAACCAGAUCUACGAGUACCUGUCAGAAUACCUCCUAGGACUGUCCGCUGCUGAGCGCCCCAAUGUUAUCUCGGUCUCAUACGGUGGGGACGAGAGCUCCGUCACCAAGUCCGUUGCCACGACCACGUGCAACCAGUUCUCUCAGCUCGGUGCAGCUGGCGUUUCCAUCCUCUUCGCGUCUGGUGACUCUGGUGUCGGGUCAGGCUGUACGAUCAGCGGCAAGAAGGCCUACCAGCCCGACUUUCCCGGCGGCUGUCCCUGGGUGACGAUGGUUGGAGGAACUACUGGCACUGGUACUGAGAAGGCCUGGGUUGACGGUGGCGGUGGUUUCUCCAACUACUUCGACCGCCCCACUUGGCAGAGCACUCAGGUCCAGGCUUGGCUCUCCAAGAACAAGGAUGGCAACACGCAGUACUACAAUACUGCGGGCCGUGCCUAUCCUGACGUGGCAGCCGCCGCUACUUACUUUGAGAUCGUGGUUGGUGGCCGCACUGGGGCUGUCGACGGAACCAGUUGCGCCGCUCCGACUUUCGCCAGUGUCAUCGAGCUCAUCAACAGCGGUCGUCUCGCCGCCGGCAAGUCCGCCCUAGGUUUCUUGAACCCCUGGUUGUAUGGCAAUGCCUCAAAUGCCUUAACCGAUAUUACCAGUGGUAGUAUUGGCGGUUGUGCCGCUAUCUCUGGUGCUGGAUUCACAGCCAUCGCUGGAUGGGAUCCCGCGACCGGCCUGGGAACUCCCAACUACCAGAAGCUGCUUCAGGUAUCUAACGCCACUUAG